GAGCUUUUCUAACCACCAUCUAGACGUUACCGUGUAAUCUCGCUGUGCUGGUCUUUACUCAAUCGAAUCGAGAACAUAUCCUUCAAGUCGCGCAAUGACUAGUAAAGUCGAUGUUGAAGGGGCGUUCCUGUUUGAGCAAUCUUUUGCACGAGUACCUUACGAGAAUUAUCGAAAAGUUUUCCGAUCUUCGCAGAAAAAUAUUGAGCGUGAAUACGGGGCGAUUCAAUCUGCAGUGGACGAUGUAUCGAGUACUCUCAAAACUGGAACCGCUAAGAAGGAGGAUAUAGCCUCCGCCGUUGACGGCAUGAUUGGCAGAGCAGAGACUCUUAAACGCAAGCUCUCGGAUCUUCAUGAGUCUGCUGGAAAGCCAACACAAGAUGUUAUACGGGAACGUCUACAGCAUAUGGCUACAAUUGAAAAUCUCAAUAGCACAGCAGAUAGUGAAUAUUCCAAAUGGGCCGACAAACGACUGGAUAGAUGGUUAGUUGACUGGUGUCUCCGCCACGGAAAAGAGAAAACAGCUAAGCAAAUCGCUAGAGAAAAGGACAUUGAAGUUCUCGUGGAUCUUGACCUCUUUAGUGAUAUUCGACGUAUUGAAAGUGCACUUUCAGAACACAGCUGCACGGAAGCCCUCGCUUGGUGUAGUGAAAAUAAAGCCUCCCUACGCAAAGUCAAGAAUACCCUUGAAUUCGACCUCAGACUGCAAGAGUAUAUUGAACUUUGUCGAUCAAACAAGCAACAGGAAGCGAUUUUAUAUCAACGAAAGCAUCUCAUAUCUUGGCAGGAGACACACCUCGUUCAGAUUCAACAAGCGUCUGGCUUGCUCGCGUUCUCGUCGGGGACGACUUGCCGCCCAUACAUGCGCCUGUAUGACCCUUCAAGAUGGACUUCCCUAAUCAAAUUGUUCCGCCGUUCCAUUUACAUGCUCAACACCCUUCCUUCUGAACCUCUCCUUAAUCUGGCUCUUUACGCCGGGCUGGCAUCCUUAAAGCUGCCGGCAUGUUACGACCAUUCCACAAAGAACGUUGAUUGUCCUGUUUGUGACGGUGAAACAGGAUCCGGGUCUGGGAUACAGGGUAUGGGACUAGGAAAGCUGGCGGAAGAGGUUCCUUCCAGCUAUCAUGCGAAUUCGACCAUAGUGUGCUAUAUUACCAAGAAAAUCAUGGAUGCGGAUAAUAUGCCGAUGGCAUUUCCAAGUAACGGCUAUGUUUAUUCGCGGGAGGCAAUGGAAGAGAUGGCCACAAGGAACAAUGGGAUAGUAACUUGCCCAAGGACUGGUAUAUCAUGUCCAUUCACGGAACUGAGGAAAGUUUUCAUUUCAUGAUUGAGUGUUAUGUACUCAUCGCCGUCAUCUGUAAUAUGUCAUCUUCUCUCAAAGUCUCGGCGUACAAUCUACUAUGUAGAAUCAGUCAGAAUCAGUCAAAGCGAUGUUU